UCACGUCAGAUGGGUUUACCGGGAGAUCGCAACGAAGGGACAUAUUUUUACAAAUUUGCAGGAAUUUGCACAUUCCAUUCUUGACUUAUAUACAGUAUAUAGAUCAAGUUGAGGAUUGACCGAAUCUGUAGUCUGUGCAUGAAGUGGAACAGUUGAGAGUGGUAACACUUGCUAAGGGGCUACCAGUUGCACCAAUUGCCCUGUUCACGUUUUGGCUCGCAGCAGAGAUUUGACACGAUGCCAAGUUGAGACCACAAUCCCAAGGCGGUCAAAGCUCAGGUGCUAUCUUGAAUCAAAGGAACUGGACUCUCGACGAGUGGUUUCUUUGUCACACGUGUGUUGCUGGUUUUCAUGGGAUGCUGGCGUUCUCGGGCUUGGCAGCAAUCUCUGGGCUUUCCUACAACGUCUUCCGCACUCAAUGCUUCACUCGUCAGGAAGGUCCUGAGAGGUGGGACACACUCAGCAUCGCCACUCCGUCCUCCACCGACGAAGCCAUUCAACGGCUGUCCGUUGCCAUCGCCUCGGCGCAACCGCUGCUGUUCCGUGGGGGUGCGCACGAAGCGAGACCUGGGUUCUUCGGGUGGGCGAGCGACAGCUGGGCACCGCAAGAAUUGCAGGAACGCUUUGGAGAGCUGAAGAUUGAUGGAGGAUACGAUGCCACACUUAGUGAUUUCUUGGACUCCUUCUUUGAGGGCGAAGAUCCGCCGUCGCCUAAAAAGAGCUGUUUCUCAGGAGAUGCACCUGAAGGACCUGCGUGCACGAUGCAAGGAGGAGCUCCCUUUUGCACCAGGCCCUGCCUGACGAAUGCAACCUUGAACAUUGGCAUUGUAGAGGACUCGGAUCCGCCCUUUGAAGAUGUGCUGGUUGAGAUGUUGAAUUCCUUGCCGUUGCUUCGUUGGCGUGCCCAGCGGGGCGAGGCUUUUGGGUCGCGCGUGCUGACCAGUUUGGUGCCCUCGAGCGUGGGCUUCGCGCCAGAUGCCGACUGGGUUGAGGCAGUGUUGUGGAUCAGCCCCAAGGGAGCGCGCACAGGAUUGCAUCAAGAUGACGAGCCCUGCUCCGUGCUGCACCAGGUCUAUGGGCGGAAGCGUUUGGUGCUCUUUCCGCCCGGUGCAACGCAUGUGCAGCCAGAAGAGCGGCCACACUGCCUGGCGGAGCAUGGAACAAGAUACUCCAAGCUUUCUCUGGAUGAGAUUGAGCGGUCUGGUGGCAAAGCUCUGGAAGUUGUUCUGGAGCCAGGGGAUGCCAUCUUCAUCCCCAACGCCUGGUGGCACGCAGCAGAGGCGCUGAGCCCUUCGGUCUCCAUCAGCGGUCGUGGAGUGACCUUCUGCGAGGGCCUCAGCUUCCUGCCCUUCUGGCUCGCUAUCUUGCUGCAACAUCAGCUACUCCUCCCUGAGGAGCAAGCACGCUGGCUACCACAUUUGAUGGCCAUCACCCUGCCAUUGUUUCCUCUACUUCUCGCUUAUGGUGCUUGCCAGGCAAUCCACAGAUCCAGAUGUUGCCGCACGACCUGAGAGAAUCGCGCAGCUCAGCCAAUCUUCAGAAAGCGGACAGGUGUGGAUGCACGGCAUCCAAAUCUCCUUCAAGACUGUCUAUCAGCAGCGUCUUACCAGCUUGUCCAUUGUCACAGAUGCCUUUCAUCGAAGUGAUCCUUAGCCUUUGGCUUUGCGAGGAAAACCUCGAGCUUCUCCGGUUUUCAACGUGAGUCAGAUCAAGCGGCUGGAUGCAAUCAGACGUUGGUCUCAACGUGUACCUCUCAAGGUGGACAUGUCCAACGUGUCAGCCUUCGGUCAAGACAGUGAUGCAGGGUCUUGGAUUCACACUCCAAGAGCUGCCGAAGGUGC